CUGUAAACUACAGCACUCGGCUAAGCUUGUGUUCACUUUUCAUUACUUUUCCUCCAAGUAAAUAGUCACCAUUCGUUUAAAAUAUCAUUAAAAAAAUGUAAUUUUCGUCAUUCGCGUGUAGUUGAUAGUGCCACAAACGCCAGCAAGAAAGCAACGGGUAGUGCAAUGGCCGCCAUCCAUUAGUCGUAGGACAGUAGAACGGUUCUUGUUGCCGGUAGCGUAGAGCGUUUUGUCCACAUUCCACAUAUGUUAUAUUUCUGCUAUAGCUCCCCAUCGGACACCGUCUCGAGCAGCGACCCAGAGAACUACUACUAUGAGGAGGAGGACGACGACGAUGACCGCCGACUGCAGCGCCACCCGCGGCCACUAGCGGAAGCGGCCAGCGAGUUCCACCAGGUGGCAGCACCGCCGUACGUGCCGAUCCGGUCGUACACCAGCAAUGUCAACAAGUACUACCGCGGGGGGAAUUUCGGUCACCACGGAAUCGCGUCCGCGUCCACGGCCUACUAUCGGAGCAACGGCUACUUAGACGAGCAGGGGUACGAGCGGGAGCGGGAGCAGGUACCGGUGGCGCGCGAGUGGCACGGUGUGGGCACUAGCGGCAACUACAACGGUCGGCACCACGACCAGAACGGAACGAGGAGAGGCGAAAGCUACGGCAACAAUUUCAUAAUAAUGACCAGCGAGCUCGGCGCAGACGCGCCAGAACGGAACCCGAGAACGCCCCCGGGCAAUAGCAAUGGAGGGAGUUUCAUCGGGAGAGAUGGAGGAGGUGGGGGCACUACCACCAAUACAGGUGCAACGCCAGCGAUGGCUUCGGGAGAGAACGGUCCGGCCAGUCAGGUUAGUGGUUUACCGACAUCUCCAGGUAACGGAACGUUUGGCACGGGCCCUGCGAACCAACAGGCAAAUAUUAUCAACAACAACAACAACAGUAGUAGCGGUCAGAAGGAGGCCAACGAAAGUGAACCAAGUGCCGCCCCUGCGCCGCCGCUGCCCGCGAAGCCGAAGCCGUUAAUCAAGAGCAAGGAAUCGGUGUCACCGUUACCGUUGAAACGGGCAGCCUCCAACAAGCCAACGACGCCAAUUCGGGACAUCAAUGGCAACAGUGGUGUUGGUGGGCCCGGUAACUUCGACGCCAGUCCAGUAGCGGACGGCGAUCCUCAAGGACCUGGUGCAACGCUUAGUGGGGACCUAGCCGGUGGAGUUCCCGGUGGAAUACGGAACAAUCCGAACGCUCCGACGCGCGCGCUUGGUGGGAUCAAACCACGGAAAGGUGGCGGCUGGAAGGCCCGACCCCAGGACAGUGAGUCGUUCAACAACGGGUUCUCUCCGACGGACGACGACGAAGCCGGAACCGGUGGGAUUAAUACGCGAAACGUGAACCCGGUGAUAACCAGUAACGUGGUGGUGAAGGGUGGUAAGAUCGGUUCUAGUGGUGGUGGUGCAAUCGGUGGUGGUGGUCGUGGUGGUUGGGGUGCAAACCGUCGGGCGAUCCAGCCGGUGGCCGUACUGCCCCCGAGCGGAAGCCGCGUCCAGAGUCCCUCGGCGGAAGGUCUACCGAUAGCGGCCGGAGUGCCGCCCCCUAUGGACAUUCAGAGCGAGAACUCCUCCUCGCAAAACCUUCCGACGCCGGUCCAUCCGGCCAUUAGCGGUGCCGCGCGGACCCUGUCCCGCACCGACCUUUCCUUCGACAACACCCCCGGUCCGUCUGGCUUAUUGCCACACAACCCGGGCGUACCCGGCACCAUCGGGGGCAAUCCGCAGUCACGAUACUCAAACCUGUCGUUCUGGAAGGCGCGGCGGGUGCUGUUCUACCGGAAUGGCGAUCCGUUCUUCCCGGGGGUCGAGAUCCGGUUCAAGCCCGGGCGUGACAUCUGCACCCUGGAGGCGCUCCUGGAUAAGAUCUCCGCCCGGAUGGAUCUGCCCCGGGGCGCCCGCUACAUCUUCUCCAUGGACGGCGACCGGAAGUACUCCCUGGACGAGCUCGAGGACGGCUCCAGCUACGUAGCGUCCUCGUUCAAAGUCUUCAAGCCCGCCAGCUAUGGUAAGAAGAACGGCGUUUGGUACGCCUCGCCGGGAAACCAGGGCUGGGGCAACGCCGGCGGUGGUGGCGGCGGAAGCCGUCUGAGCCGGAAGCCCUCCGUGACCGAGGUGGACAACAUGCCGUCCGGGAGUCUGAAGCCGAGCGCCGGGCGCGUCAUCCGCAUCAUCAACAGUCACGAUCACAGUGUUCAAUGCCGCGUACUGCUAAACCUCCGCACAUCGCAACCCUUCGAAGAGGUCCUGGAGGAUCUCGGCCAAGUACUGAAGAUGAUUGGCGCCAAAAAGAUGUAUACCAGCCACGGCCAAGAGGUUCGCAGCUUCUCCCAGCUGCGCAACGAGUUCGCCGAGGUGGACACGUUCUACCUGAGCAACACGCCGACCCUGCCGGUGGGCGCCCUCGGCCCGGGGGUCAUUCCGCCGUCGCCGGCACGCCGCUCCCGGUCCCGGCUCGGUGGCUCCGUGCCGGACGAUCUGUCCAAAACGACGGCCCGGCAGCGAGCCCGCAGCAAAAGCAGACCGCGCGUCCUGUACGCGCCCGAGAACGAACUGGUGCGGGCCUCGUCCGAUUACCCGCUGCUGGACGCCAUGAAGGAGGAACCCACCCGCAUCACGAUACGCGGACUGCGCCGGACCUUUUACCCGCCGCAGCACCAUCCGCCGAUCGACAACGCACCGCCCGAUAAGAAGCUGUCGCUGUUUUGGGUUCACGGCUACCGCGGCAUCGACUCCAAGCGGAACCUGUGGGUGCUGCCGUCCGGCGAGCUGCUCUACUACGUGGCCGCCGUCGCCAUCCUGUACGACCGGGAGGAGGAAGCCCAGCGACACUACACCGGCCACACCGAGGACAUCAUGUGCAUGGAGGUGCACCCGUCCCGGGAGCUGGUCGGUUCCGGUCAGCGGGCCGGCCGCGACCGCAAAUCUCAGGCCCACGUGCGCAUCUGGAGCACGGAAUCGCUGCAGACGCUGUACGUGUUCGGAAUGGGCGAGCUCGAUUCGGGCGUCCUCGCGGUGGCCUUCUCGCAGCUCAACGGCGGCAGCUACAUCCUGGCGGUGGACGCCGGCCGCGAAAGCAUCCUGUCCGUGUGGCAGUGGCAGUGGGGACACUUGCUGGGCAAGGUGGCGACACUGCAGGAGGGCAUCUGGGGCGCGACAUUCCACCCGCUGGACGACAAUCUACUGAUCACACACGGCAAGGGCCACCUCGCGUUCUGGCACCGCCGGAAGGACGGCUUCUUCGAGAAGACCGACAUCAUCAAACCGCCCUCGAAAACGUUCGUGACGUGCGUCCAGUUCGAGCCGGACGGUGACGUCAUCACGGCCGACAGCGACGGGUUCAUCACGAUCUACAGCGUGGACGCGGACGGGGCGUACUUUGUGCGGAUGGAGUUCGAGGCGCACAACAAGGCCAUCUCGUGUCUGGUGAUGCUGUCCGAGGGUACGCUCAUCUCCGGCGGCGAGAAGGACCGCAAGAUUGCGGCGUGGGACUCGCUGCAGAACUACCGCCGGAUAACGGACAUCAAGCUCCCCGAGUCGGCCGGCGGCGUCCGCACGAUCUACCCGCAGCGGCCGGGCCGCAACGACGGCAAUAUCUACGUCGGUACGACCCGCAACAACAUCCUCGAGGGGUCGCUGCAGCGCCGCUUCAACCAGGUCAUCUUUGGCCACGGCAAGCAGCUGUGGGCGCUGGCCGCCCAUCCGGACGACGAGGUGUUCGCCACCGGCGGGCACGACAAGUACGUGGCGCUGUGGCGUCGCCACAAGCUCAUCUGGACCUCGUCGGUGGGCUACGAGAUCAUCUCGCUGGCGUUCCACCCGUACGGGGCGGCCCUGGCGGCGGGAAGUUCCGAGGGGCACCUGGUGGUGAUCAACGCGGAGAACGGCGCCACGAUGCUGACGAUCCGGGUGUGCGGAUCGCCGCUGAACUGCGUGGAGUUCAACCAAGUUGGUGACAUGAUCGCGAUCGGAUCGCAGAACGGCAGCAUCUACCUGUUCCGCGUGUCGCGUGACGGGUUCUCGUUCAAGAAGAUCAACAAAAUCCGCGGAUCGCAACCGCUGACGCAUCUGGACUGGAGUUCCGAGGGCAACUUCCUGCAGUCGACCACGAUCGACUUCGAUCUGCUGUUCUGGGACGUGAAGUCGCUGUCGCCGGAGAAGAGCCCGAUCGCCAUGAAGGACGUCAAGUGGAUGACCCAAAACAGCACGGUCGGCUUCCUGAUAGCCGGCAUGUGGAACAACCGGUACUACGCGUCACCGGCGAACACGAUUGUAUCGACCACGUCCCGCAACGUCGUCCAGGACUUGAUCCUCAGCGGAGACACCGACGGCUACCUGCGGUUGUUCCGCUACCCGUGCAUUACGCCGCGGGCCGAGUUCACCGAAGCAAAGGUGUACUCGGGUACGUUGGCCUGCGUCAAGUUCCUGCACGGCAACCACAGCCUGGUCACGGUCGGUGGCACCGACGCCUCCCUCAUGAUCUGGGAGCUGACCGAGGAAUAGCCACUGUGGCCUCCGUGGCGUUCAGGUGCCGCGCCACAGUCCGCCUCCCCAGCGACGGGCGGCGGCGGUGGAGUCGUCGUCGGACCGCGACCGACCGACGAACAGCGGCCGAGCCUAGUGGAAAAUUGCGCGGAACCUACUAUCACUACUACUGCUACUACUGCAAACGGUACAGCUGAUCAAUGGGACCAACAGGAGUCAGCCGCUGGUACCGAGGAUGAUGAGCUGGAAGGAGACGAAGGAGACGACGAAAACGAUUCCGUGGACGGCGCCGGAACGACCUUUCGCCGGUUGGACUCGGCGGCCGGUGACCCGUACGGCCGGCAGCGGCGCCGGUUGCGCUCGCGUUCGUCCCGCCGGGCCCCGCCCAGCGUGCGGGCCGUCACCGCCGUGGAACCGUUCCCGGCGUCGCCGCUGGAGGACGAGGAGGAGGAGGAGGGGGAGGGCCGGGUCGAGUAUGCCGUCCUGCUGCCGGACUCGUUCGCUGUUCUAGACUCAUCAUUCUGAGCAACAACAACAACCAAUCCGGAGUGCGUUUAUUGCAUUUUGACCCAUGUGCGAUGGGUUGCAUUUGCACAUGGGACCUUUUGUGGAAAAGUACUCUGGAAACAAUAGUGUCGACACACGCACUCUCACGUGUACAGUUACGAGCCAGCAGUGGUCAUUGUUUAUUCUACUUAAUUUUUAGGCAAAUUUUGCAUGAUUUCAACCAUUUUUUCAGAAAACGAUUUAAAAAAUACAAGAUUUCAGCAAUUUGUACCUAAAGCUAACAGUUAAUGCAUACAUUUUAUGCAUUUCGAAGCUUGGCUUCAAAGUACUCAAAACAAGGUUGAGUGAUCCCAUGCAGCAAAUGUCACUUGUUGCGUUCUUUAGGGUGGCUCUCUUUUUUGUAACGAUGAUUCAAUCUUUAAAAAA